ACUGCUUUAGGUGGAUAAAAAUGGCUCAGAGUGUUUCGUCUGCGACACCAACCACCGGUAGCUCGUUUCCACCGAACGCCGCGCUGGCUGCGCCAAGGACCGCGACAGGCAGGAAAACCAACAUCACUUCAAGCGCCGCAACGUCGACCAACCGUUCGUCGGUUGGGGGCACGUCGUCGGCCAGGACAACGUCGGCGUCGCAGCCGCCGGCUCCGGCUGUGCGCGCGCGCGGUGCGAGCGAUGCUCGGGAGACGGAAGGAGGAACGCGACCGGCGCCGGCCUCCAGCCCGGCUCCCAGCAGCCAGGCCUCGUCCGAGUGCGGCGACCUCAACCUGGUGCCCCCGCCCAGGCCCGGACGGCGGGUUAUUCCCCAGCUGCUCAGCCGCCUGCAGGGGUCGAGGCGCCUGGCGAUAGUGCUGUCCGCCGCGCUGGCCGCCGCCCUGCUUACUUUGCCCAUGGUCGCUAUUCUCGUCUCCGGGAAGACGAUCGCGUGGCGCUCGUCGGGUUCCGCCGGCACCGCGCUGUACCUGUGCAACGACUCGGUGUGCCACGCCGAGGCGCACUACUUCGACGACAAGCUCGACUCGGCGGUGUCUCCGUGCGACGACUACUACGCGCACGUGUGCUCGUCUCACUGGCAGCGGCUGCUCGGGGGCGCCGACCUGCGCUCCGCGCCGUACGCCAGCCAGAGCCCCGGCUACGCGUACCUGGCGCUGCACGAGCUGGCCGCCGCCUACGUGGCGCAGGACGCCGACCGGGUUCACCAGAACAGGCACCACUUCGGCCACCAGAUCCUGCUGUUCGUCGCAUCCUGCGCGAAGGAGUCCUCGCGGACGUCGCGCGAGACGGACUCUCUCACGAGCGUGCUGCGGUACCUGGACCUCGAGGGCUGGCCUUUCGACGUGACGCCGAGGGGCCGCAAGAAUGUGGCACACAUCGCGGGCAAAGUGGCCGGCUCGCUGGCCAUCUUCCCGUUCGUCACCGUGGGCCUCGAGCGGCUGGCUUCUCUCCGCGACGACCAGCAGCGCCAACCGCCCAGAGAGAGGCUUCUGGUUGUCCUCGGACAGGCGCAGCUUCUGCUGUCACCCCACGAACACAUGGACGGGAGCCGCGCCAUGGACUGGUACCGGGAGAUCGUGGGCCGCGCGGUCAAGUUCUUCUACACAGGUCGCGAGGAGAACAAGAUCAUCGACGCCAUCGUGGAGCUCGAGGCAGGCCUCGCUCGCUCCAUCGAGAGCCAGCCGUCGCGCAAGCCACCGCUGUUCUUCAGGGUGUCCCUAGGCAGCGUGCCGGGCGGCUCCCGCUGGAACUGGGUGCUGUUCAUGAACGGUGUGCUGAAGGGCAGCGCGGCAGCCGCGGCCAUGCAGCCCGUGGCCGUGCGCUCCAUGCUGUACCUGCAGCGGCUGGCCAGGCUCACGCAGCUCACUCCGACCGCGGUGCUGCUCAACUACGUCGGCUACCGCCUCAUGGUCGCCAUGGCGCCCUUCCUGCCGGGACCCACUGGUGAACACUUGGUUUCCCUGUCGGUGGAGGGCCGCCGCAUCCCCGGCAUGGAGCGGCUGCAGGCGUGCGUACAGUUGGUGGAGAAGGUGUUCGGCGCCGCACUCACCGUCAUGCUGCGCCACGCCACGCCCUUCCUCAGCCAACCGGACACGGCGCGCAAGAUGCUCGGCCUCGCCAACAGCGCCGCCGACGCCAUGGCACACUUCAUCAAGAAGGCUCCGUGGCUGUCGGCGGAGGACGCGAACGCGACGCUGUCGCGGCUGUCGCAGACGUCGCUGUCGCUGGGCGUGCCCCGCGAGCAGCCGGGCGAGACCGAGCUGGGACACCUGUUCGUGGACGUGCCCAUGCUGAACGAGCGCAGCCUGCUUGAGAGCUACUUCCACAUGAAGACCGCCGUGCAGCGUCGCUACUGGUCCGUGCUGCAGCGAGUGCACCGGAACAGCUCUGCAGCUGCCCGCGCUGGAGCCUGGAAUAACGGCGGUGCCGUCGGCUUGCACGACGUCAGCAGCUUCGACCUCGCGUACAAGCACGAUCCGGAGCGCAACAGCGUGCUGCUGCCCUACGGCGUGCUGGGCUUCCUGGCACGCGUGCAGGACGUGCUUCCCAUGCACGUGCCCCGAUUCCUGCCCUACGCCCUGCGGGGACUGUUCGCCGCCGUCGCCGACAUGCAGACCGUGCACGACGAUCGGCCGUCGUGGAGCCGCGCCACGUCGCUGCGGUUCGCGCACCUGUCGUGGUGCUUCCUGCGCCAGUACGGCGAGGUGCUGUCGGCCGAGGCCGGCUCGCCCGCCGGCGGCGUCACCGACGACUUCCUGGCCGAGAUCGUGGAGGACAACGCGGUGCUCGAGCCCCUGUACCGCGUCUACGUCCGCUCGUUCCCGCUGCGCGAGGGGCGGCCGGCGCUGUUCCGCCUGCCCACGCUGCGCGCCCUGUCCACCGACGAGCUGUUCUUCGUCAACUUCGCCCUCGGGCACUGCGACCAGCCGGCGACCGCGGCGCGAAACGGCACCGCCGCCCGCCAGAUCCUUUUCCGAGAGCGGCUGCCGGCCAAGUUCAAGGUGAACGUGCCGCUGAGCAACUCGGAUCACUUUGCUCGCGUCUACGGCUGCAAGAAGGGUUCGCCCAUGAACCCGUUCCGGAGCUGCUCCGUCUGGACCGCCACCGGAUGAUCCACGCACCAUCGGCUGGUCCAUGCACGCGUGCGGUGCGCCUCUUCAGCGCACUGCAGAAUGACGCCGAAUGGCGAUUGCAAUAAUAAACCUGCUCUGCUCCUUUCGUGCACCCACGGGGAGCGAGCUUCCGUUUCUU